ACAGAAGUAGUAGAAGAAGAAGAAGUAGUAGAAGAAGUAGUAGAAGAAGAAGAAGAAGAAGUAGUUUACAAUUCCCAUAAUUCAUAGAGGCAAAAUGGCUGACACCAGAGAAAAGGGACUUCAAGAUUACAGAAAAAGAUUACUUGAACAUAAAGAGAUUGAUGGACGUUUAAAAGAGUUGAGGGAACAGCUCAAGGAACAGACAAAACAAUAUGAAAAAUCUGAAAAUGACCUGAAGGCCUUACAAAGUGUUGGUCAGAUUGUUGGUGAAGUGCUCAAACAGCUGACAGAGGAGAAAUUCAUUGUCAAGGCAACCAAUGGCCCUCGCUAUGUUGUUGGCUGCCGCAGACAACUGGAUAAAUCGCAGCUCAAACCAGGCACAAGAGUGGCCCUGGACAUGACCACCCUCACCAUUAUGAGAUAUCUGCCCAGAGAGGUGGACCCCUUGGUGUACAACAUGUCCCAUGAAGACCCAGGCAGCAUCUCUUACUCAGAGAUCGGGGGCUUGGCCGAGCAGAUCCGUGAACUGAGAGAGGUGAUUGAGCUGCCCCUGACCAACCCUGAGCUAUUCCUGAGGGUGGGGAUUAUCCCUCCAAAGGGCUGCCUGCUCUACGGACCUCCAGGCACCGGAAAGACUCUUCUGGCCAGAGCGGUGGCCAGUCAGAUGGACUGUAACUUCCUCAAGGUUGUGUCCAGCUCCAUUGUAGAUAAGUACAUUGGAGAGAGCGCCAGGCUCAUCAGGGAGAUGUUCAACUAUGCCAGGGACCACCAGCCCUGCAUCAUUUUUAUGGAUGAGAUAGACGCCAUCGGUGGCCGAAGGUUCUCAGAGGGCACGUCAGCUGACAGAGAGAUCCAGAGGACUCUGAUGGAGCUGCUGAACCAAAUGGACGGCUUUGACACCCUGCACAGAGUCAAGAUGAUCAUGGCCACCAACCGGCCUGACACCCUGGACCCCGCGCUGCUGCGUCCCGGCAGACUGGACCGAAAGAUCCAUGUUGAGCUGCCCAAUGAACAGGCCCGUUUGGACAUCCUGAAGAUCCACUCUGGCCCCAUCACCAAACACGGAGAGAUAGAUUACGAAGCGAUCGUGAAGCUUUCGGAUGGCUUCAACGGAGCCGAUUUGAGAAAUGUCUGCACUGAAGCAGGUAUGUUUGCAAUCCGUACCGAUCACGAGUACGUCACUCAAGAGGAUUUCAUGAAGGCGGUUCGCAAGGUGGCCGAUUCGAAGAAGCUUGAAUCCAAGCUGGACUACAAGCCCAUAUAAAUUCCUAUAUCUUUAUUUCUAUAUGUGAACGUGAGGAGGUUUGCUGUUGGGGCGUUCUCACCAGUAAAACCAUUUUUUUUUUUUGCCAAGUUGUAUGAUGCAGAAAAGUUUCUUGGGGGGGGGGGGGGAGUGGAUUAGGGAUCUGUUGUUAUCAGAUAACCAUUUCUAUAGAGUUGCCAAGAAGUGACCUCAGAACAGCUACAGAUAUGGGACCAGCAUACGUUGUCUCUACCCUCUCGUAGUGUUACAUUUCUGCCCAGUAUUUAGGAUUAUAUUAACGAGACAAUAAAUACUGUUGCCAUUGAAGCGGCUGUAUCUGUAAAAGCAUACAAAAGGAGUAUGCCAUAUUAAAAACUUUAUCAUACUGA